AGUAGCAUUGAAAAAAUUAUGGAAGUUUCAGCAGAGUUAGGGUUAGGGGAGGAAGAGCUAGAGCUAGACUUGAGAUUAUCCAUUGGAGGUAGUUUCAGCAGAACUGAUGCUAGAUCCAAUGGGUUUCAAUCUGAACGUUCCAAUCAAGAAUCGAAGCGGAAGAGGAGGUUGAUGAUGAGAGAGUCAUGUGAUGAAGCGAAACAACAACAACAACGAGGAAUAAUGUCCAAAAGGGAGAAAACUGGUGGUGUUAGUUUCAACAAUGGCCUUGUGUUUCCAACCGCAUGCAGAGGUUUUCAACCGUUUUCGAUUCGUGAUUCGGAACAGAAUGAUGAAAGAGAUGUUGUUGAUUCGUCUUCAAUAUGCGCUUCUUCUGUGGUUUCAGAACACCAGAGCUCUUCUCGUGACGGUGGGGGAAGCACAGACAGGCACGACAAUUCAACUCAUUCUUCAUCAGAAACAACUCAGCUGAGUAAUUCUGAUAAAGAAAAUAGCAUUAGAAGCCAAACUGAAGAAAGUGCUCUUUCUCAUCCUGUAAAGUGCAAACAUGGCAAAGUUGAAGGGAGAAACCACAUUGUGAAGGAAAUUCAACCGAAGAUCACACCAGAGCCAACUAAACUCAAGGUGGUUCCAAUUUGCAAGCCUCUGUCUGAUGAAAAUUCAAGCAAUGAUGACCCUUUGAAGGAAACCAAAACUGAAAUGGGAAAAGCUCCAAAACCUCUUUCUCAAUCCUCUUCUCUUCCUCGAAUGCCAUAUGUUUCCACAACUGGAAACGGACCAAAUGGAAAAACAGUUAAUGGGUUUUUAUACAGAUGUACAAAAUCAGAAGUUAGCAUUGUUUGUGUCUGCCAUGGAAGCACAUUUUCACCUACUGAGUUUGUGCAGCAUGCUGGUGGCACAGACAUUUCUCAACCUCUAAGGCACAUUACCGUGAUUCCUUCUGCAUUUGGGUGAUCUUUUGGGGUUUUAAGCAUUCUUCAAUUAUGUGGUGGAAGAAUUCAAUUAAUUAAAUGUUAGAUAUGUAUUCAGUAUUCUUUUACCAAUACAUAAU